AUGACUUUAAGGAACUCACCAUCUAAACGAAAAAGGGUCUCUGGUGUUAGAGAUUUUCCAAGUGGAUGUGGUACUCAAUCGAAGAAUCCGAAAACCGGGAUAGUUAGUGAUGCUGUUACAGUCACAAGAAGUGAGUCAGGACAAAGUUUGAUUGGUUCUGAGAAUAGCUGUGUUGGUGGUGGUGUUGAUCAUGAUUACCAUCAGAGGAGGACUGCUUCUUCUGUUGAUAAGUUUAAGGAAGUCGAGUCGAUUGAUUCCAUUAUGAAAAAUGCUGGUUUCAGUGUAACUGUUAAUAAUGUUGGUAGUGGAAGAUUUGGUUCAGCUAAGAGGAAUUUCACUUCAACUUGUGGAAGUAAAGUUAAACCUCUAAGUCCAGAGGAAUCACGCAAACUGAUAUCGUCUCAGAAUAGAAGAAGACAGCUCUCAUUUUCAUCUAGUAUCAUUCAGAGGAAUUGGACGGAGUUGAGUAAUGCAGUUGCACCAAGGGCAAACACUCAUAAACUGACGCAACAAAGAGAUGGAAGAAGGUCAAUUCAUGCUCGACUCAUCCCGGUUACCCAACAAAACCGGAUUACCAAAGUUCUUACCCCACGUCAGAAAGUUCAAAAGGCGUUGCGUCUUUUCAAACUUGUGUUUAAUGAGCUGAAACGAGACAAGGCAGCGCGGCAUGGAGAAUCACAUACUGCAACGAGUAGGAUAGAUUACCAAACUCGGAAUGUUCUCGUGGAAGAGAGGAAGCAAGUGAAUGCUGAAAAGAGGAUAGGACCAGUCCCGGGAAUCGAAAUUGGGGAUGUAUUUCAGUACAAAUCGGAACUCAACUUAGUCGGUCUUCAUUUCGACAUGAGGGGUGGGAUUGAUUACAUCAGAGGAGACUUGGUAGCGACGAGUAUUGUUUCAUCGGAAGGUAAUGGUUAUAACGACAGAUUUGAUUCCGGCAUGUUGAUUUACACCGGGGAAGGAGGUAACGUGAGGAAAGACCAGAAGCUUGUUAGGGGAAACCUGGCAUUAGCUAAUAGCAUGAGGGAGAAAACUCCAGUGAGGGUGGUACUUGGCAAAACGAGAGUAGAUCAGAAAGGAAAGCAUUAUGUGUACGAUGGUUUAUAUUUGGUUGAGAAUUAUUGGCGAGAAAGAGGACCUUGUGGUAAUGUUGUGUUCAAGUUUAAGCUUGGUAGGGUUUCUGGUCAACCUUCUGUUGACUUGAAACGUUAG